UUUUCGGUAUAUAAGAUGGUAAUACCAUCGUCAGAUCACUCGAUUCCUAAGCUCUAUCAAGUUGAGAACAUGAAGAUCUUCCUGCUCACAGUGGUAAUUUUGGCAUUUAGCCACGGUGCUCCAAAUUACAAAACAAAGAGAGAUAUACUACCAGGUGAUCCACGUUUCGGUACCGAUUAUCAUCACCAACACCACCGGUUGCAGCCUUUAAGCAUUGACGUGAAUCAUUUUAGUCAGUAUCUUCCUCCUAGUGCUCAAUUCGAUAACGUAGAGGAAACUAAGCAGAAUCUCGAACUUCCCUCAACCUCCUAUGGAGUGCCUUUCAGACAAGAACAUCAGGUUUCUACCCAAGUUUCAACACCAAACAAUAAGUAUCUUUCUUAUGGAACUCCAUCAUUUAAUCACGGUGACAUUGCUCCUCAACUACAUCAUGUUGAGCAUCAGUUUGUUAAUCAAGUUCCAGCUACGUUAGUUCAAGCUCAAUCUAACAUUGCUACCCCCGUUGCAGUUCCGCAUACCACAUAUGGGGUUCAACAUCAACAGCAACAAGUUCAUUCUUUACAGCAUGAGAUGCAAUUGAAUAAUGAACAAGUACAGCAUUUUCAACAUCACAGUGAGCAAAUCCAUCAACCAGCUUCAUUUUAUGGUGCACCUGUCUCGCAACAACAACAUUAUACCAAUGCGCAAUUAGUCCACCAGUUUGGGCCCACAGAAGUUCAAAGCAGUCAGCAAGAACAACAUCAUCAACAGAUUCAACAGGUCCAUCAGGUGCAUCAACCAAUGACAGUACAUGGUUUCCCCGUACCUCAGCAACACGAACAUGUACAAGCAGUUCAACAAUUUACCCCAAUUGUAGCCCAAAGUAACCAGCAACAACAUUACGAACAGUUUCAACACAUCCCUCACCAGGCGCAGCAAAGCCAGCAACCUUCCCUAAUUUAUGGAAAUCCCCUUCAGGGCAAUCAGCAACAAGUCAGUCAUGCACAUAGUGCAUCAAUAGAUAAUGAGAAGCUUGUUUUUGAAGCUCCUAUUCAGUCUAUCGAGGUAUCCCAGAGUCACUUGGUUGAGAAUAUUCCAACUCCAUCAUCUUCUGUCAAUGUCGACAACGAUACAGUAACUAUUAGCGCUGUAGAAGCCAAGGAAUCCGUUUUUGGGGGUUACAAAUAUACCCAGCCUACUUCUUCUAAUGGUGGCUAUGUAUAUUAAAUAUGUACAAUUUAUAAUAGUGUGAGUGAAUAGAAAUAAUAUCGAAAUGAGCUGAAAGAUGAAUAGUUUUACAACAAAAUGUCAUACUGGUAAAUUUAUACUCCAAAGAUAUGUCUUUUAAGAACGCAUAUAAAAAUAUGCAUAAUUGUAAUCCAAAUAUCCAUGUUUUUAAUGAGGAACAUAACCAGGUGAACAGUCUUUAUUAUCUAUGUAAAAACUGAAUGCUUUUUUUAAGUAAAUAAAUUUUUUUAUUGAAA